CUGGACUUUCACAACACCCAGACUGCCUUUCAGGAUAAGUCCCUAACAGAUCUUUUGCUGGCUUAUGCCGUCUACAAGGCCUGCAUGUUUAGCCCCCUGGUCAAGCAUGCCGACUCGGUAUAUAAACUGUCGCGCCGCUUCCUGGGUCCGCGCAUUACUGAUGGUGUCGUUCGCGCCACCUUCUUCCGUCACUUUUGCGGCGGCGAGAACAACAACGACCUGCUCGAAACCACCACGUCCCUCAAGAACUCGGGUAUCGGUGCAAUCAUGGACUAUGCUGCUGAAGCCGAUGUAGUCAAGAAGCCGGACGUUGUCAGCGAGGUUAAGGCCAAAUCCAGCGCUCGCGUGUACGACUACAUUUCCGAGGCGCAGUGCGAUCGCAACGUUCAGCAUUUUCUCGACUGCAUUGAGUCUGUGCACCAAGUCACUCCCGGUGGCAUUGCCGCGAUCAAGAUUACUGCCCUCGGACUGCCUGAUCUUAUUGAGCGCAUGGCCGUGGCCAUCACACGCACCCAAUGGCUCUUUUCAUUGAUUGAUUCUGACAACUCUGGCACCCUAUCUGCGGACGAGUUUGAAAAGGCCGUGGCUACUUUCUUCCCCGACAUUGAUGCCAAAGAAGUCUUUCACGCCAUUGAUACAGACUCGGACAGUGAGGUCGACUACAUUGAAUGGACCCAUUCGCUGCGCAUGGAGGAUGUCUGGAAUCUGAUCCGGUCUGCCGGCCCCAACACUCCCUUGGGUGAGCUGCAAGAAGCCAUGCUGGAUGAAACUGAGCUCGAGCUCAUGCGCAACAUGAUGCGACGCCUCCACACGCUGGUCGACUAUGCUGCCGAGCGCAAGGUCCGACUUAUGGUCGAUGCUGAACAAACUUACUUUCAGCCUGCCAUCCACAACCUGGCCCUGGGUCUGCAGCGCAAGUACAACAAGGAGCUCCCCUUGGUCUACAACACUUACCAAUGCUAUUUGAAGGAUACCCUCUCUACCCUUGAGCACGACUUGCAGCGCGCUCGUCGUGAGAACUGGUGGUUUGCGUGCAAGCUUGUGCGCGGCGCCUACAUGGAGAUGGAACGCCAGCUGGCUAGUGACAAGGGCUACCCCAGCCCCAUUUGCGAUACCCAAGAUGACACGCACCGCACAUACAACACAUCCAUCAACAUGAUCCUCAACCAAGACCGCGCUAAUCUGCUCGUGGCCUCCCACAACCAAGCCAGCAUCGAGUAUACCAUCUCGGAAAUGCAAAAGCGUGGCAUUGAUAAGCAAACGGGCGGUGUUUGCUUUGCUCAACUUCUGGGCAUGUGCGACCACCUGACCUACACACUGGGCAUCAAUGGCUACAAGGCCUUUAAGUAUGUGCCCUAUGGCCCAGUCAAUGAGGUCAUUCCCUACCUCGUUCGUCGUGCCCACGAGAACAGGUGCGUGUGUGCAAGCUUUUGCUUGGGUACCGGACAGCCCCAUCAACAGCUGUUGACCCUCCUUCUCGUCCUCACCCUUUCUGUCAUGUCGCCCUUGCAGCUCAAUGCUGGGUGGAGCGCAGCGUGA